AUCAUUCAGCAACAACUUGUCUAAUCCAACAUGAGAAGAAGCCUUCUUGUGGCAUUUGGGCUUCUGGCCAUCGCCGCCGUCAGCUCGGCCAGGGAGAUCCGAGAGAAGCGGUCGGCCGACCUCGAGGCGGCCGCGUCCGGCCACCACUGGGACAAGGGCGGCGGCCACGAGCACCACGGCCACCACCACCACGACCACGGCGGCGAGCACCACAAGGGACACAAGGGCCACCACGAGCACCACCACGGCAAGCACGGCCACCACCACCACGAGGGACACAAGGGACACCACGGCGAACACGGCGGACACAAGAAGCACCACCACCACGACGACGGCUACCACCACCACCACCACCACGGCGAGAAGGGCGACCACGGCCACGGCCACGAGGAGCACGGCCACUGGCACAAGGGACACGACACCAAGGGACACCACGGCGUCGAGAAGCACGACGAGUUCAAGAAGGACAAGCACUUCCACGACCACCACGGCGAGAAGGGCUUCCAUGAGCACCACGGCGGCCACCACCACGAGGGCGGCUACAAGAAGGGCGGCCACUUCCACAAGGGCCACAAGCACGGCGGACACCACGAGCACCACCACGGCAAGAAGGGACACCACGAGCACGGCGGCCACCACCACCACCACAAGGGACACCACGGCGAGGGCGGGCACCACGAGCACCACGAGCACCAUCACGACCAUGACCACAAGGGCGGCCAUGAGGACCACAAGCAUUGGGGACACAAGAAGGGGCACUAAGCUCUUGCUGAAUGUACCUGAACUGAUUAUUGUUGAUGUUAUGUUGUUAACGAAUGUUUUUGUUAU